AUGCUCUCCUGCCAUCCUGGGCCCAACGCUCGCCCACCUCCCAGGAUUCUCGUCCCUCUCAGGUCUGCGACGCUGCUGAAGCUCGGACGAGCUGAGGACGCCCUGCAAGAUGCCAGACAAGCCUUGAACCUACUACCCAGGGGCCAUGCCAAGUCCAGCUUCCGUGCUGCCCAAGCGCUGGAAGCCAUGCAGGACCCACGAGCGGCUGUGGUGUCCCUGAGGGAAUGCCUGUCCAGACAGCCUGGCAGCAAACCCGCCAAGGCACUGCUACGACAACUGCAAGCCCAGCUGUCAGUGCAAUGCCAGGCACCUGGCGCCGACGUGCUUCGGAGGGCUGCCUGCGUCACCCCCCCAACAGGAUGGGACUGGCGCUACACGCCCUCACAGGACGGCUGUUCCCAGAAUCUCACGCUCAUGCUGCAUGGGCUGGGCGACAGCCCAGAGCCCUAUGCGUCACUGGCCCAGAGCCUGAAGAUCCCCCAGACAGACUUCUUGGCCAUCAGGGGACCACUCGCUGUCCCUUUCACGGAGAACGGACGGUGCUGGUAUGAUGCAUUCGACGCCGACUUCGAGAUCUUGACGGAGCGAUCAGAGCAGGGGGAAGGCGUGUCGAGGGUGAUGCUUACCUACGAUCCCUGUGACCAUGUUGUGCCGGAGAGGGAGGUGCUGGCCACAAAGGCCUACCUGGAAUCAAGACCUGGACGGUAUGAGGUCCAGGCGCGUCCUUUUUCCGGCCGCGGACACAAGUUCUGGGCGAGCAGGGAGGAGGGCCUGGCCAUCGUGGAGUUCUGGAGCCAGGCGCUGAGCUGGAGGCCACCUGGCAGUGUGAGCGACGCUGACAGCACCUUCGUGGAGAUCAGACCCGGCACCCUCCAAGAUUUAGGGCCCAAUGCCUGGCACGGGCCCUUGUAG